GGGAAUUGCCAACACGGCAUCUUUAUAAAGCACACAAUAAGAAAUUCGGAGCCUUCUUAUUGCAGAAUUUAGUGUCUUGAUAAUGAAGAUAGUAAAAUUUUGGCUGUGGUUUUUUAUGGUGGUUUCGUUAAAUGAAUGGUCUUGUUUUGGGUGUUGGGAGGAAGAGAGGAGUGCUCUUUUGCAGCUCAAAGAAAACAUAAACUUCCCUGAUGGAAAAUCCCUCUCGUCAUGGAUUGCAGCAGACUGUUGUCUGUGGAGAGGAGUUGAAUGCAGCAGAUGGAGUAGACAAGUAACCCAACUCAAUCUCGGUUGGACUAGGGACCCAAAAUUAGGAGAUUGGCAUUUUAAUGCCUCUUUGUUUCUUCCCUUUGAAGAUCUCAAAAGUCUCUCGUUAUGGUCGAAUAAUUUAGUAGGCUGGAUUGAGAAUGAAGGUUUCGACAGACUAUCGAAGUUGAGAAAUUUGGAGGCCCUUGGUCUUGGUGAAAAUUCAUUUAAUCGCAGCAUUUUGGCAUCUCUUAGUCAACUAUCUUCUCUCAAGAAUUUGAACCUCAGAUACAGCUUUUUGCCUGGAAAAACUUCUAUUGACAGCCAUGAAAGACUCUCGGGAUUAAGCAAGUUGGAAAUCCUUGAUUUCAGUUUUAAUUCCGUUAAUGACAGUGAUGUUCUAUCGGUAUUGAAUUUGAAUGAUUUUAACAGCUUGAAGGAGCUUGAUAUAAGUGGAGAUCAAUUUCGUAGCUUGGGAACCAUUAACGGACUGAAAAAUCUGAAGCUCCUCGAGUUACACGCCAACGACUUCAACAACAGCAUUUUUUCCUCACUUCAGGGGCUAUCGUCACUUAAAUAUCUGGGCCUCUCUGGAAAUAAAAUAAAAGGAUCGAUUCAAAUGAAUGAAUUGCAUGCCUUGAGCAAUUUGGUUGAGCUGGAACUAAGUUAUAAUGAAGUUGAUAACUUUACUGCUUCUGAAGGCAUCAAAAGUAUGUGUCGCCUUGAGGCACUAUAUUUAGACGGCAUCAAAUCCAACGUUAGUAACACGCUACAAUCUUUGGCGCCAUUCUCAAACCUCAAGAAACUCUACUUACGAAACAAUACUUUAGAGGGAAUGCUAGUCACUUAUGCAUUGAGGAAUUUAAGCCAGUUGGAGGGAUUGUACUUGGACCAUUCUUCCGUGGAUGCAAACUUUCUUCAAAGCAUUGGAGUAAUGACUUCUUUGAAAUUUUUAACUUUGUCAGAAUGUGAACUCAAUGGCACCCUUCCCGCCCAAGGUUGGUGUGAACUUAAAAACCUCGAGAAGUUGGAUCUGAGUAAAAAUAAGUACGAAGGAUUACUUCCUUCAUGUCUAGGAAACAUGACAUGCCUUCGAUUUAUUGAUCUUUCUUACAAUAGAUUUGUUGGAAAUAUUGCAUUCUCUCCACUUCCCAAACUCAAGUCACUUGAAUAUCUCUCCUUGAGUCACAACAAUUUUCAAGUGCCAAUUUCGUUUGAGCUAUUCUCAAAUCAUUCAAACCUUCGAGUCAUAACUGCUGGAACAAACCAAGCAAUAGCAGAAACAGUGUCGCGUAACUGGAUUCCAACUUUUCAGCUGCAAUCUUUUAGUAUGUCAAACUGCACGGGCCAUCUAACAAUACCCAAAUUCCUUCACUACCAAUUUGACUUGAGAAUUCUUGAUCUCUCACGGAACGGCUUGAGGGGGAAUUUUCCGUCUUGGUUGUUAGGGAACAAUACAAGACAUAAAGGAGUCGACUUGGGAAAUAAUGCUUUGACGGGACCUCUCGAGUUGCCAUCAAGUGCCAAACUGGAUUUGGGACUGUUAGAUAUUUCUAAUAAUGAUUUGAGGGGAGAGGUUCCAACUAAUAUAAGUGCAGUCUUUCCAAAUUUGAUUGUUUUAAACAUGUCUAGAAAUGUGUUUGAUGGUUGUGUACCUUCUAGUUUUGGCGACUUGAAAGCUUUAGAAUUUCUAGACCUAUCCAACAAUAACUUGUCGGGCCAAGUACCACAAGAAUUAAGUGCAGGCUGCUCCUCAUUGUUCCUUUUCAAAAUAUCAAAUAACAAAUUGCAAGGACAAAUAUUUCCUGAAUUUAUCAACCUGCCAAAUUUGGUAUAUCUGUAUUUAGAUAGUAACGAGUUUUCCGGCACCAUACCUGAUAGCUUGUCUACCAUUCCUCUGGAAGUAUUAGACAUUAGUAACAACUCAUUGUUUGGCAAUCUUCCCAUGUCAAUGGGUAAAAUGACAAGAGCGAGGCAAGUUGCUAUGUCCAAAAAUCAGCUUGGGGGUCCAAUACCAGUGGAAUUUUGCAACCUUGACAACCUGGUUCUCUUAGAUUUAUCGGAGAAUAAUUUCUCUGGCUCAAUCCCGUCUUGCUUCAAUCCACGAGGCCUAAGUCACGUCUUUCUAAACAAUAAUCUUCUGGAAGGCCAGCUUUCGUAUGCGUUUUACAAUAGUAAUUCUCUAGUCACGUUGGAUCUUAGAGAGAACAGAUUUACCGGAAAUAUCCCACAUUGGAUUGGUAAUCUAUUGAGCUUGAGUGUCAUUCUUCUUAGAGGCAAUCAUUUUGAAGGCACAAUCCCGGAACAACUAUGCCAAAUGAAGAGAUUGAGCAUGAUAGACCUAUCCUAUAAUGAUCUUUCUGGUCAGAUUCCGCACUGCUUGGAUAACAUAACUCUGGAGGUAACUAAAGAUAAAUCUUCUAUUUUUGGAGUAUCCGAUUUCAUAGGUCGAGGUGAGUCGGAAAUGGCUCAUGUAUCCUUAUACAAAAGAGUGUAUUUUCCAUCAACUAAUGUGCCUAUUGAAACUGUAUUUACUACGAAGCGAAAUUCUUAUGCUUACAAGGGCAGCAUCCUCGACCACAUGUCAGGCAUCGACCUCUCUUCUAAUAAAUUACACGGUGAAAUUCCAGAGGAGUUUGGAAUGCUGAGGGAGAUACGUGCACUGAACUUAUCUCACAACAAUCUUACUGGGACAAUGCCGGCUACUUUUUCAAAUCUACAUCAGAUCGAGAGUCUGGAUCUUUCCUACAACAGCUUGAGUGGGAGAAUCCCCACUGGACUAAGUGACUUGAACUCUUUGGCAGUUUUCUCAGUGGCCAAUAACAAUUUAUCAGGCAUGAUACCAGAGAAAGGUCAAUUUGGAACAUUUGAUGAAGGUUGCUAUAAGGGAAAUCCUUUUCUUUGUGGUCGUCCAUUGCCAGUUGACUGUGAAUCAACGUUAGGAUCGCCUAUCGUCUCUAAUGACGAAACUGGUUUCGUGGAUAUGGAUGUCUUCUACAUCAGCUUUGCCGUUUCUUGUGUAUCUGUGGUGCUUUGCAUGGCUGCAGUUCUCUACAUAAAUCCUCAUUGGAGAAGAGUAUGGUUUCAUCUCAUCGAUGUUUAUAUAGUCCGUUUUUUAUGCCGUGUUUUCGUAUUCUCGUAUUCUAUUGUAAAUAAGCUGUAGUGGAGACCUUAUAAGUUGUACUAUAAUCAUCUAGUAGAGAUCGUAUGUACAUGUAAAAGGUUUGAUAA